UGCGGGCCCGGGCGGGAGCCCCGCGGCGCAGAGGCCCGAGCGCGGAGCUGUCACCAUGGCCGGUGGCCCUGAGCCCUACAUUGAAAUAUUUGAGCAACCCAGGCAAAGGGGAAUGCGCUUCAGGUACAAGUGUGAGGGAAGAUCUGCAGGCAGCAUUCCAGGAGAACACAGUACUGAAAACAAUAAGACAUUCCCUUCCAUCCAGAUUCUGAACUAUUUCGGCAAAGUCAAAAUAAGAACCACAUUGGUGACAAAGAAUGAGCCCUACAAGCCACACCCUCAUGAUCUGGUUGGCAAAGACUGCAGAGAUGGCUACUACGAAGCCGAGUUCGGGCCAGAGCGGCGAGUCCUGUCUUUUCAGAACUUGGGCAUUCAGUGUGUGAAGAAGAAAGACCUGAAGGAAUCGAUUUCUUUACGAAUCUCCAAGAAAAUUAACCCUUUCAAUGUGCCUGAGGAGCAGCUGCACAACAUCGACGAGUACGAUCUCAACGUCGUCCGCCUCUGCUUCCAAGCCUUCCUCCCGGACGAGCACGGCAACUACACCAUAGCCCUUCCUCCUUUGAUCUCCAACCCCAUCUAUGACAAUAGAGCUCCCAACACCGCAGAGCUGAGAAUUUGCCGCGUGAACAAGAACUGUGGGAGCGUAAAGGGAGGAGACGAAAUAUUUCUGCUGUGUGACAAAGUUCAGAAAGAUGAUAUAGAGGUCAGAUUUGUCCUGGACAACUGGGAGGCCAAGGGUUCCUUCUCCCAGGCCGACGUUCACCGCCAGGUCGCGAUCGUGUUCCGGACGCCCCCGUUCCUCAAGGACAUCACCGAGCCCGUCACGGUGAAGAUGCAGCUCCGCAGACCUUCCGACCAGGAAGUCAGUGAGCCUAUGGAUUUCAGAUACCUACCAGAUGAGAAGGAUCCAUAUGGCAACAAGGCAAAAAGGCAAAGAUCAACGUUGGCUUUGCAAAAGCUCAUGCAGGACUGUGGAUCAAACACAACAGAGAGGCCCAAAGUAACUCCGUUCCCCGUUGUCACUCCUGAAGGGAAGAUGAUUAAAAAAGAACCAAACCUGUUUUCAUCCUCGCUGAUGAUUCCUGGGUUGGGAUCCCUGGCCAGCGCUGGUCAGAUGUACCCUGGCUGCAGCCAGCUGGCCCCGGUGGGCCCAGGGAAGCAGGACGGGCUGUCCUCGUGCUGGCUGCACAGCUCCUCUGCCAGCGGCCUGCUGGGCACACACCCACCCAACAGCUUCUCCGCGGACGCGCCUCAGCCGGCUCACGGCAGCGGCUCCCUCCCGACCUUCCACGACCCUGUGAACUGGCCCGACGAGAAGGAUUCGGGCUUUUACCGGAAUUACAGCAGCACCAACGGGCUGGGAGUUGCGGCGGCGUCGAACGUCGACCUGCCGAGCGUUCCCGGCGGCGGCGCCGUGCACGCGGCUCAUCCCGGCGGCGCCGCCUCCGGCAUCGUCAGCAUGGACACCGACGACAUGAACUGCACCAGCAUCAACUUCGACAAGUUCAACGUGGUGCUGAACUCAGGCGCUCCCAGGCAGCAGCUGCAGCUGGGCCCGCCCGGGGCCGGCGCCGCGGGAUUCGCUUCCCAGCCCGGCUUGGCCGACCCCGUUUACGACUUCAUAGGCCCGGAGGUUCUGGGCGAGCCAAGACUCUCCACCGCCCACCAGGGCGGCCUGGCAGACGCCCAGUUCUACGACGGCGACGGCGAGCUCUACCAGUCCUUCCCCUUCGAUAACAUCCUACAAAGCUACAACCCCUGAGGGGCGGAGCUUCCCAAAGGUGCCGCCGCGUGGAGAGGAGUCGUUCACCCUUCUGGAGUCCCCGCUUUCUCCCUCAGAAUGUCGCUGUGCAAGUUUGACGAUGGAACUUAAGGUUAUUUAAGUUACCAUAAGAGUUAAGUUAUUUAAGCCCGUAGUGGUGCCCGUCAAGAAGGGGGAGGUGGGGGUAGGGUUUGGGGUCCUGUACCUUAAAAGUACCUUGUUAGGUGUAUUUUGGCGCUGUUGGUAAAGGGAAAUGGUAACACUUAAAGCUUCCUUGCCUUUGGGGACUGUAAAAGCUGGUGUCUUCAGAAGGGUUAAAAUUUCAAAUACUUCACAGGGUUAAAGUUCUUUCAAAGCAGCCAUUUUUUGCUAUAGGAAUUCAAUUUUUGAUAGGACAGAAAUUAGGAAAACAAACCUGCACAUGAGCACUCUAGUUCAGUCUCAUCUACAGAUAUUAAAGUUCAACUCAGCCUACUUGAAAGGUUUAGGUUUCACACCCCCUUUCUAUAAAUACUGUUCUUCUAAAACAAGUACAUGUAUUGAUUUUCCACACUCCAUUUGCUUUGAAGGCAAAUUGACUGGUGAAAUUUUUUUUUUAAUGACUAUGUCAUUGUUAGAUGUAUUUAAAAAGACCGGAAGGUUUGAAUUUUUAAAUAGUCCAGCUCUGUUGUAAAGGAAAUCACUGCACAGGAGAAGGAACAGCAAGUCUGCACUUCAUCCAGAGUGCACUUGUUUUACAAGCCAAGCCCUGUUGCUUUAGGGAUGAAGCUGUCAUUGCUCUGCAGUUGUUGUGUGUGAGUGUAGCUGUGAUGUGUGUGUGGCGUUUUGCACGGCGGGAAUCUCUUGAGCCCAAGUAUCUACUUGCUUUUUUUCCUCAGGUAUCCCAGCAGUUUCCUGCUAUGCAAGUGACUGCUCAAAGGAAGGCUCAGAUCCUGCCCCCCCAGCACCACCCCCUCCCAGGAGGGCAAAGCCAGGGGCAGCCCUUGGGCAGCCUCGUCUCUUAUUAAUGACCUUUAAAGCCAUUUCAGUCAGUACCAAUUAAAAACACUCCUCUCUCCUCUGGAUCAGGAACCAGAACUUCCUCCCUCCCACUUGAUUCCCAGUCUCCCCUCUUAGCCUGAGCCAGGAGCUGUUCCAUGACACCAGCUGGGGGUGACUGGCUGGGUAAGACACUCUGGGCCUUGGCUACUUUAUUAUACUGUUAUUUUUUAAAGAAGCAACACAGCAAGAAAUGUCUGAGUAUUUCUUAGGUGAUACAUCUGUUCUGUAGGGCAGAUAAGGCUUGAGGGUCUGAAUUGUUACCAUUUGGUGACAUAAAACCAGACCAUGAAAGCAGCAAUGAAAAAAGCACACUUGGAUAUAAAAAAACCCAAAACAAAACAAAAAAAUCAAAAAACCACCCCCAAAUCUAAAAAAAAGCCACUUGAGACAUAGAGUUGGAUACAAGGAAGGAGCUCCAGAACCCCUCUGUGGUUUAUGGGAUUCCCUCCCUGCAUUGCCUUGUGUUGGGAGCACUCCGGUGCUGCUGCUGGAAUCCACCCCCCCCAUUGCACAGGUGACAGUCACACUGUAGGAUGUGUGAAGUUUGGGAAACUGCUUCCCCAAACUCCAGGUGCACAAAGCCAUGAAUUGACUCUCCCUGUUUUAAAGCAGUUUUCCCUCACAGCUCCUCUGCAGUCUUGAGCAAUAGGAAGACCAAAGAAAUACACAGAAAGUUUGAAAUGUGUUGUUUAUUCAGUUCUUUUUUUUUUUUUUUGAAGUUCUCAGUUUUAAGUAUAUUAAAUGUAAACAUUUUACUCACUUCAUAGAAAGCUCUUUAUAGUACAAUUUGUUUUUACUGUAUAAUUAAAUAUUUUCAAAGUUCUGUUUUCCUUUGUAAA